AUGGAAGCGACCUUGCAUCCAAGUCAUGCUGGGGCAGGUGCCAGAGCCGUCGCCGCCACCGGCCAGACAUUGGGCUCAGGCGAGACCGAGACACAUGGCGGCUGGCACGCCGGCAGCGGCAGCGGCGCGGCGCCUAGCUCACGGCGGCUCGGAGGACUGCGGAGCAUGGGCGGCCUGAACGGCGAGGACAGCGAAACUACGAAUGCGAUGGACUCGUCGGCGCCCUCGGAUGCGCCAUUCACAGCACCGCCGUACUGGCAAAAUAUGCCCUCGCGACGGCGGGCGGCCUCCACACAAUCGUCCGAUUCGGGGCGGCCGUCGGGCGCCAUAUUGUUGCUCGACAACGAGGCCGACGAGGAGGAGGAGGAUCGCAACAAUGCCUGCUGGGCCAAGAGCGUCGAGAUUGUCGGCCACACGAUAGUCAAUGGCGGCGCGACAAGCAUCGGGGCCUUUGUCGUGUGGAAUGUACGGGUAGAGACCCUCCAGGGAAGCUACAUGUAUAUUCGGAAGCGCUAUUCCGAGUUUGACGCUUUGCGCCAGAGGCUGAUGAAGUCGUUUCCGAAUUUCGAUGCAGCGGUGCCCAGCCUGCCGCCCAAGAGCGUCAUAUCCAAAUUCCGGCCCAAGUUUCUGGAAAAACGACGGGCAGGGCUGCAAUAUUUUCUCAACUGCAUCAUGUUGAAUCCAGAAUUUACGGGUUCGCCAGUCUUGAAGGACUUUCUAUUUUCUUAG